UUGAACUUGAUCUUGAGCAGCUGCACCACCACGAUCAUGCCGGUUGACAUCCAAGUGCUGAGCGUAGCGUCGACAGAAAUGUCACCGGCAAUCAUUGUGACCGACGAGAAUCAAAGGUAUCUCUUUAAUGCUGGCGAGGGGCUCCAGAGGUUGUGCAUGGAACAUCGCGUCCGGCUAGCUAAGCUCCACCACGUAUGCUUGACUGAGAUCGCGUCGUCCACUGUGGGUGGAUUGCCUGGACUGAUCUUGACUGUGUCUGACACGGGCAAGAAAGGCCUGAACGUGUUUGGACCUACUGGAACAAAGGCGUUUUUUCGCGCGACUCGCCACUUCUUGCACAGGUACCAAGUAAUUUGGACCAUGUUCAUGGUCCGUGUUAGGCCUGCAUUUGCUAUGGAGGUCCAGGAUCUGACCACUGCAUCUCCCAAAGUUGUCCAGAACGAAUCCAUGGCCUUGCAGCCUGUGGUUGUCGACGACGCUGUUGAUGAGGCAGCGCCUGCAACGACCAGUGGCAGCCCGACCCACAAACGUGCCAAGACGUCCACUGCCGCACCAAUCAGUGUCAGCUACAUCGUUGAGACGCCGACUCAGCGUGGAAAGUUCCUCAUCCAAAAGGCCCUUGCGUUGGGGGUACCAAAAGGCCCGCUGUGCGGCAAGCUGCAUCGCGGGGAGGACGUGGUAAUCGAUGUCAACGGAGCCUCUGUCACUGUCAAAUCCAUCGACUGUGUUUCGACGUCCAGUCCAGGCGUAGCAUUUGCAAUUGUGGCAUGCCCAACCAUUGGCACGAUUGCUUCUCUCACGCAAAAACAGCAAUUUGCAUCGUACCAGCAACCCGGUGCCGUGGUGAAAAUGUCAUUGCUGGUGCACUUGGGCAAUGCGCAAGUCCUCAAACACCCACAAUACAUUCAGUGGGUACAAUCAUUUGGGGCGCAAACCCAGCACAUUUUGGUCAACCACAAGGAGUGCCCUCAGUGGACGGUCUUUCGUGCCAGCGCUACCUUACAGACCCAACUGCAUGACUUAUUUCCGUCCAACUACGCAGCACCGCAUCACGAAGUUGCCCCCAUGGAGAGCAUUUCCCUCGACUUCGGCGAGGCCAUCGUUGGCCAACCUCUGCUGAAGUACACGCUUACCCCUGCAGCCAAGCAAGGCAUCGAUCGAUCCGGCGUGAUGCAGCCGUUGAACUUGCAUGCGAUCCAACUCGACGCGCAACAAAUGUUGGCGGAGGCAAAGAUUGAUUUGAACGGAAGGGCUGUUCCUUCUCCCAACUCUGAACUUGGACAAGGGCAUGUGACUUUUCUGGGCACGGGAUCGGCGAUACCGUCCAAGUACCGCAACGUUACGUCCAACUUGAUUGCAAUCGGGUCGAGUUUCCUUUUAUUGGACUCGGGGGAGGGUUGCUUUGGGCAGCUCUUUCGUUCUGUGGGUGGGGACAAGGCCAAGUUGACGCACUUGUUGGAGAAUUUGCACGUGGUUUGGAUUUCGCACAACCAUGCGGACCACCACUUGGGUCUCGUCCGGCUCCUGUCGGAGAGAAGUCUGGCGCUGCCUCCUCUGGCCAUCAUUGGCCCGACUGCUGUGUUCUACUGGCUGGAGGAUUACAGCAAAAUCGACGCUUCGAUUGUUGGCAAGUACAUUUUUGAAAACAACACGGCAUUCGACAUCCGAAACCAGCACUCGCCCAAGGACCUCGAUCCAUUUGGCAUUCACAUGGCAACCAUCCGGGGCAUCUUGGCUACGCAUUACGAUAUCGUCCAGUUUGAUUGUAUCCCGGUCAAGCACUGCUUCCAGUCGUUUGCUGUAGUGUUCACAUGCUUGAAUGGGUUCGUCCACCCGCCAUUCCAAGCCAUUCUCUUUCAUGUGGUGGAGUCGUUUCUGUUCAGGUACAAGGUUGCGUUUUCAGGGGAUUGCCGCCCCAGCCAACUCCUCGUCGAACACGCAAAGGACGCUGACGUGCUUAUCCACGAGGCAACGUUCGAAGAUGGCAUGAUGGGUGAAGCAAAGAAGAAAGACCACUCAACGACUGAAGAAGCGAUAGACGUUGGUAUCCGCGCCAACGCCAAGCAUAUCUUACUCACGCAUUUCAGUCAAAGGUACCCGAAGAUGCCCCAUUUAAGCGCAGACGCAUUGGAACGAGUCAUGACGGCACUCGAUUUGAUGUCGCUGCCUUUUCAUGCGCUCCACGUUCCCAGCAUGAUGCGAGUUUGCCAAGCCUUAAUGCCGAUGGGAGGCGAUGUCGUCGACGACGAUGCAUGACCUCCACACAUACAGAUUCUAGUGCACUUUAAGUCAUCAUCGCGACGGCUUCAAUGCUUCCGUCAUCCUAACGUUUGUG